UUGGAUUCCAAACACCGGCUUCUCGCGAGCUGCGAGGCGGUCACGUGCCUCCCAUGUGCUUCUCUGUGACUCCGCCCAGCGGCUCUACUCUUGUUAUGAAACCGAACUGGUGGGUGUGUUUGGCGGAUUCCUCCAGAAGCAACAGCAGCGAUCCAAACUGGUCCACUGUCAACAAUGCUUCGCAUCACCGCUGCCACCCUGUGCACCUACUGUCCGAGGAUAAGGCUGCUGCUCCCUCCCUCUGCUGCUGCCUCCAAUGUCACUUCUCAGAACAAGAGACUGGAAAACCAGCACACAGUGGACUCCCUCUAUGAACUGUCAGUGGACAUCCGCAAGGUACGCAAGUUCAAGAGCUGGGUCCUGUCUGAGAGCUCUGCGUAUGUGUCUGAAACCGCCGAUCUGUUGAGGGAUAUGGGUGCAGACACGACGGCAAUCGCCCGGAUCCUGGAAACUCACCCUGAGGCUGUCCUGUGUCGGCCGGGGGAUGUCGCCGCCCAGAGAGACCUCUGGGUGUCUGUGUGCCCCAACAAGCGCGAGUUGAUGAGCAUCAUUGAGAAGUUCCCGGCCUCCUUUUUUACAUUAACUCACCAUAGCAACCAGCGGGCCAACAUCCUUUACCUCCAGAGCCUUCGCCUGAACAAGCGGAUCAUCGGCAAACUGAUGGCGAGUGCCCCGCAGAGCUUCAGUCGACCUGUGGAGAGCAACCAGGAGGUCAUCCACACACUGAGGGAGACCUACCUGGAUCUAGGCGGCGAUGAGGGCAACCUGCGUGUUUGGCUGCAGAAGCUCCUCAGCCAGAACCCGUACAUCCUGCUGCGGCCCGCUGAGGCCUGGAGGGACAGUCUGGGCUUCCUCAGGGAGCAGGGCUUCAGCACCGAGGAGCUCCUCAGCCUGGUGUCCAGCCUCAGAGCCUCCAUCGCAGAGCUGCAGCCUGAAGCCAUGCGGCAGGCGCUGGCCUACAUCGAGGGCGCUCUCGCCUGCUCCCAGGACGAACUCAAGCAAAUAGUGAUCCGCUGCCCGGCCGUUUUGUACUACUCCUUGCCCACCCUGGCGGCGCGGUUCCAGGGGUUGAUGGAUGUUGGAGUGAGCAUGGAGCAGGUGAAGAAAUCUCCCAACGUCCUGGAGCUCACCACACAAAUCGUGCUGUACCGUAUCCAGAAGCUGGCCUCCUACGGGUACGACGUACGCUCCGGCAGCUUGGACUUUAUCGUGGGAACCAAGAAGGACUUUGAGAUGAGCUACGGGAAGCUGCACCUCAGACAGCAAAGGCCACUCUUCAACCCUGUAGCUCCCAUCAGAUCUGCUGAGGAGUGAAUGUCUGAAUGUGUUGAUACUCCUGAAUAUGAGAAGGGGUUCACAUCUUCACCUUUCUGCAAAAUGCAUGAAGAAGGGAGUAGUAUUGAGAACGAGUUUACUAUAAAGCAAAUGUUUUGACCUGUGGCCUUCAUCAUGGUCUUUUGAUCUGAUGCUGAGGGCUCUUCUGAAAAUAUGACACCGACUGUCUUGAAAUCUCGAGUGCCGAUCAUUGCCUGUCAAUCUUGUAAAUUAAGAUUUACUACUGUAACGAACGAACUGUUUGUGGUAAUUGAACACAACCGAUGAGCAAUAAAUGUCAACAUCUGUGA